ACGUAUAAUUAAAAAAGUAUUAUUACUUAAAGUUCAGUCCGAGCAGUAUUUAAAACUACUAAACUACUACAUAGUGUAUUGAGUAUUUUUGUGAAAAGUUAACUAUUUGAGAGUAAUACAGUUCGCUGUAUGUUGAAUUGAAUAAAUUAAUUAAAAUAAAAAAUAAAAUAAGAAAACAAUAAACAUGGAAGAUGAUACCAAACCUGCUUGGCUGGAAACUCUCACGAUUGGUGGAUUUCGCGUUUGGCACAUAAUAGCGAUUUGCCUCGGAAUAUCCUUGAGUAUUUUAAUUAUGGUCUGCUGUUGUAUUCGAUUUCGAAUACCACGUACGAAGCAAGAAAUAGAGGCUGACUAUCAACGCAAGCAGAUCACAAAGAAAUUUCGUGAGAAACUUCAGCAAAUCAAAAAUUCUGAUAUGGAUGAAAUGGACUUACAGAAAGCAAUCGCACAUAUACAAGCGGAAUUUUUAUCAAUUCAAAAGUGUAGCACCAGCGAUGGCCACAAUACACCCAAGGAUCCGUAUGAAAAUCUAAAAUUCAAAAGUAACAUACAAGUGCCUGCUUAAAUGUAAUAAUCAAUAUAUAUGUAUACACAUACAAACAUACGCGUAUAAUUUCUGAA